AUGUUAUCAAGAAGAGUAAAUAAUACAACUUCUCGAAAUACUUCAGCUGAUAAAAGUUCUGACAGCGGAACUAUUAAAUCAGCAACAAAAUCACCUGGAAACAAAACAAUUGGUAUCACUGGUCAAAAAUCUGGUUCUACACGUGGUACUUCAGCAAAAAUUGAUUUUAAUCAAGCUCAUUGGAAAAUGAGAAUAACAUGUAAUAAUUCUAAUGACAUUAAAGUCAUUAAUAUGGAUAAUAAAAUAUUAGAAAUUAAAGCUUUAAAAAGAGCUUGGGAAGAAAUGGAACCUGGUAGAGCAAUAAGAGCUGAAUUAUCAAGAGCCCGUUAUCUUGAAGAAUAUGGUCUAAUGAAUAAAUUGGAUAAUAAAACUAUUGUAGAUGAUUCAGGAUCGACGAUCACAAUUAAAUCUGAUGAUAAUCUAAUACAAAUGAUAAAAGAUCAUUCUCCAUUAGAUCACACUUCAUUAUUAGAUCCAUCUAAAAUUUAUAUUUUAAAAUUCCCACCAGAAUUAAAUCGUACACUAUAUCCAAUUCAAUUAAUGAAUUUAAACAAAUUCUAUCAUCAUUUCAAUGAGAUUGAAUGUAAACGUAUUGAACAAGUUCAAUCUAUUAUGAAUUCUUAUUCAAUGAAUCCAUGGUUUAUUCCAAUGCUUCCAGCACAUUAUAAAUACUACGAAAUGUGUAUGAAUUAUAGAAAUAAUUUAAUAAAACAAUAUAAAAUUGAUAAAGAAGCAUCAUGCAAUCAAACAAUGAUUGAACAUGAUAAUACAGAACCAAUUCUAAAUCGAAUUGAAAAUGUAAAAAAAAGCACAAGAAUUAAAUCAUCAAGAAGUUCAAAAUCUAGUUCAAAAAGUCGAUCGAAUUCGAAUCAACGAAGAAAUUGA